GCGGCGGCAAAUUCAAAUGUUUCUCCGGAGCGACAAGUGUCGCGCUACCGUGUCCAAGUGCUCGGCCCUCGGCAUGGAGAUUAAGCGCAAGAAAAUACGCGAGAGCGCGCUCUUCCCCCGUGAGGAUGACUGCCUUAUACAAGAAAAACUUGAUUUUGAGAUCCGCAUGAGAGAUGGAAUCUGUAAGCUGCUGUCGGUGAGCAGUCAGAAGGAGCAGCUCCUCAAUGCAGUGAAGAACCUGAUGGUGUGCAACGCUCGUAUUCAGAAUUACACGGCACAGCUGCGCUCUCAAAUGGGUGAAAGCAACACAGGGAAUACAGGGAGAAGGUCUUCUGAUGUUGGUCUGAACGAACGCCAAGCUUGUCCUGGAAAAGUUGCGAUUUCAGGUAUUCGAAUACCACUGAUGUGGAAAGAUUCCGACCACUUCAGCAACAAAGAAAAGACGCAGCGUCAUUCCGUGUUCUGCAUGCUACGACUUGGCCCGGAGAUACACGACACAGAUAUGGUCAUUGUGGACAAAACUAUGACUGACAUUUGCUUUGAUAAUGUAACAGUAUUUGCUGACGCCAGGUCGGACUUCCAGUUAAAGUUGGAGCUGUACAGCUGUUGCAUGGAAGACUCUUCUAUAGCCAACACUCCCAAGAAACUCGCACGGAAGCUCAGAAACUCAAUUGGCAAAUCUGCAGGGAAGAAAUUCAAUUCGGAACUCGAAGCAACGGAGCCAGAAGCCUUUUUGUUCUCAACUCCUCACAUGCCAGGGGCAAGGUACAGUUUGUUGGCGCAGAUCACUUUUACUCUGGAUAGCAUUGAGGACAACUUCAGGACACAUUCUCUUACUAUCACCGGGCAUGAGGAUUCUUCUUUCUGGCUUCCUUUAUACGGGAGUAUGUGUUGCAGAUUGGUUGCACAGCCGGCCUGUUUGACUGAUGAGGCAAUGAUGGGAUUUCUUAACCAACAGGAGAUGGUCGGAGGGCUUCGCAGCUACACCAAGUUCUAUUGUGUGUUGAAAGGAGGGAACCUUCUCUGCUAUUACACUCCAGAAGAAAUCAAUGCUAAAGUGGAACCAGCUUUGACAGUUCCCAUAAACAAGGAAACAAGAAUUCGAGCAGUGGGAAAGGAUUCCAAAUCUCGAGCCAGCAGUUUUUCCGUUAUCAAUGUUGUGUCCGGUGAAGCCGUCACUAAAGUCUUCUCAGCCGACUGUAAGGAAGAGCUUCAGAAGUGGAUGGAGGCUUUCUGGCAACAUUUUUACGAUCUAAGUCAGUGGAAACAUUGCUCCGAAAAACUAAUGAAAAUAAAUGAGACUUCCCCGCAGAAACCACCAUUGUUCUUAACGAGAGAACCUGCUUCAGUCUACCAUGACAUGAGCAUUGGGUCACCCAUGAAACUUGAAAGCAUCACCGAUAUUAUUCACAAUAAAAUUGAGGAAACCGAUGGACAAUUCCUGAUUGGACCCCAAGAAGAGUCUGCCCCAGCUCCGUGGGCUGCUUUGUUUGAUGGCAACCACCAGCUCCAUGUUGAAAGGAACAAGCCUCCUCUGCUUUCAAGUGAUGAUCCCUCAACCAGUAGCAAUGUUAAAGCUAAGAAAAGAAGAGCUCCACCACCUCCGCCAAACAAAACUCCAUUCUCGAAAUUAGUGGAAGGCAAUGAUCCGUCGGACAAAGAGAACAUCUGGUCCCGUGCAAGUCUCGUCCGCAAGUCGUUUGAUACAAAGCUCUCGGCUAUAAUGCAUCAGCUCCAAAGGCCUAUGGUAGUCCCACUCACACCGGCCCCUCCUGAGAAAAUCGAGGUGACGGAGAACAAGGCUGAGCUGGAUACUGGGACUCAAGAGCCAAUAAAACCAGUGCCAACCCCAAGACAAAAAUCCUUAAGGGAGAAACUGGACCCUAGAGUAUGGCUCCAAUCUCAAGUAUAACUUGUAUUCAGUUAUACUCUUUCAUUUAUAAAUUUGCCAUUCCAAUUUAUCUGGUGAAAGCGGAAUAAUACUUUGACUAUUUAGGUACAAAGGACUCUGCGUAAUAAAUCGUAGCACGGAUUCUUAGCUUGUUUAACCGUAAGUCCCAUUUAAACAUUUUAAUCUUUCAUUCUAAUUUAGUUGGUGAAACUGGACCUAUAGAUUGAUUCGUUAGCUACAAAUACUGGAAAAUAUGCACAAGGGUAGAAAUGGAAAAUAUACCCCCUUUUUUGUUAAAUGAGAACAUUCAGUUAGGCUUAUGUAAUAACGGUAUAAAAACACUAUAUUAACUGCCUAACAUAAAUAUAGCUUUUUUUUACAAAGACGUGUUACUUGUAGAAACCAUUUCCCAACCCCCCUUAGGCUCACAGUGUUAUGCAACACCUCCCAUACCUUGUUCCAUUGUGAAGUGAUGGAUUCUGGGACUUGAAGUCUUCCACGUGGGUGGUACACAUAUUGUCUGGCAAGCAGAAGGGACUUCAUGUCCCAGAAUCCAUCAUUUCACAAUGGACAUGGUGAGGGAGGGAUUGCAUGACACUGUGAGCCUAAAGGGGCUGGGAAGUGACGUGACUUCCUUUCAGUCUGUGGAAUCCAUGAUAUCUGUGUAUAACAAGGAAAACCUUUGUUUGACAGUUCAGAUAAUAUUUAUGCAAUUUUUCUGCACAAGCCCAACUGAAGGAGCUCAUGUCAAUAAGGGUGGGGGGGUUCCCCGGGUGGGGGGGGUUCCCCUUUAAUGGAGAAAUCUUGUUGAAGUUAUGUCGGUUUUAUAAGCUGUUUAAAGGGUUUUUAGUUUGUCGAGUUAAAUUUGUGUAUUGCAGCUGUUUUUAAUUUUAAAUGGAGGGAUCAUGGCACAUGGGGCAUUUCAGCCAGGAGGGAAACUCCCCAAAACCCCAUUCAACUACCUGGUACAGGUGAUUCACAUUGACUGUAACUGCAAUCAUGGGCCAACAAUCAGAUCACAACAAGGAGAAAAUGGGCGGUUUGAUCGUGGACCACAUUGAUAAACAGAUGUGGUUCUCAAUCAGACAGGAUUUUUAAGCCCAGCCGAUCGACAUCUGACCAACUUUUGGCCAGAUAUUGAUUGAGAAAGCCCGACUGAGGGCCCCAUACACUGGGCAAUUGGCUGCCAACUUAAGCCUUAGGGUAAGGGUACACCUGGCGAUUCGGGAAGCUGUUCGGGGAGAUUAGUCGCCCCAAAGAAGAGGCGAUUAGUCGCCAGGUGACUAAAUCUCCCGAAUAGCCAGAUGUGCCCUUACCCUUAAGAUGGUUUUGACCACCUCAUAUGGUAGAAAUACAAAGAUUUUGUUAGAUGGAUAGUCAGACAAAGUCAAGACUGGUCAACAAGAAUAUCUGAGAAUUCCUUUUGGGCCUCACUAGUCCAU